AUGCUCCAGGGAAUGCUGACACAUACAUUCAUCGUGUGGGACGUACAGCAAGGUAUGAGGCUUCUGGGCUUGCACUGCUAUUUCUGUUGCCAAGUGAAGAAGAAGGGAUGAAGAAAGCUUUAGAACAAAAGAAAGUCCCAAUUGGAAAAACUAAGGUUAAACGGAGCAAAACAAUGAGCAUACAGAAUCAAUUACAAUCUUUUUGUUUUCAAGAUCCUGAAAUUAAAUAUCUGGCACAGAAGGCUUUUAUAUCAUAUAUGCGGUCAGUUUAUCUUCAAAGUGAUAAAUCUAUAUUUAAAAUCGACGAAUUACCCGCAGAAGAAUUUUCCGCUUCUCUUGGGUUACCUGGUGCGCCAAAAAUUAAAUUCGUUAAAAAAUCGCAAUUAAAGAAUGCUAUUCGUGAAAAGCCUAAAGAAAUGACUGAUGAUGAAAAUUCGGAGGAUAACAAAUCAUCAGACUCUGACGAUGCUUCCGAUGAAGAAAAAAAAAAGAACUCAAAACCCAAAACUAGAAUUGAAAGAAUUUUUAAUCGUAAAAAUAUGUCCGUUUUCACUGAUCACUACAAAAAACUUGUGGAUCAAGAAAGUGACAAUCUUGCACAUGAAGACGAUGAGUUCAUUACUCUUAAACGUGUUAAUCAUGAACUGUCUACGGAACUAGAACAAACGAAUCGUGAUAAAUUGUCAAAACGUAAGCUUUUGAAGGCCAAAUCAAAGAAAUUCGCGAUCAAGAAUGCGCCUAGGGGAAAUAAGCUAGUAUUCGAUGAUGAUGGAAAUCCUCAUCAAGUAUAUGAGUUUCAAGAUGAAAAGGCGUUCCUUGAUAAUGCAUUAGCGCAAAAGCAAACAUUUAUUGAAAAAGAAUUAGAAGUAAUGAAAAAGAAGGAUGAAGUGGAUAAAAUGACUGCCAGAGAGAAAAAACGUAGAAAAUUAAAGUUUUCCUUAAGAGCGGAAGCGACAAAACCAGAAACAACAUUGCUUUGGCAUCCGUGUCCGCUUCAGAGACCAUUGACAAUGGUUGCUAGUGUAGUUUUUUACACUUGGCAAAAGUCAUCGUUCUCUGCAAGAAGUCCUGAUACCGAAAAUCCUCAUCUCUCUUACACUGACGAUUCAUGA